GAUGGCGGCGGCGGCGGCGGCGGCGACUCCUCCCGGUCCCGCCGCGGGGCCGCGCCGCUUCUCGCUGCUGGCGAUCGUGGGCGGCGGCUGCCACCGGCCCGGGCUGCUGGCGGCCGCGCUGCAGCAGCUGGAGCGAGGCAUCCGCUCCUGGGACAUCGACCUCACCUCCUGCAACCUGGAUGAGCAGCUGAAGCUCUUCGUCUCCCGCCACUCCGCCACCUUUUCCAGCAUUGUCAAAGGUCAGCGGACCCUGCAUCACCGCGGCGAUGUGCUGGAGACCCUGGUGCUGCUCAACCCCUCCGACAAAUCCCUGUGUGACGAGCUGCGCAACCUCAUCACGGAUGUGUCGCAGCACAAGCUGCUGGUGUUUGCGGGGCCCUGCGUGGAGGAGACGGGCGAGCUGAUGCUGCAGACUGGCUGCUUCUCGCUGCGGGACUUCAUCCAGAUCUUCACUGACAAGGAGGUCGGGGAGAUCCUGAGCUCCGCGGACCCCUCAGCCAAGGCCAGGCUGACCAUCAGCUGCCCCGACUUUGGGGAGUGGAAGGACUCGGGUUUGGACCAUCACAACCUGCAGGACUUCAUUGAGCUGCGCUACAACCCCGGCUGCAUCCUGCCUGAGAUGGAGGGGCUGGAGGAGUUCAUGGAGUACCUCUCGGAGUCGUUGGAGCCCCAGUCCCCCUUCGACCUCCUGGAGCCCCCCACCAUGGUGGGUUUCCUCAAGCUCUCCAAGCCCUGCUGCUACAUCUUCCCGGGUGGGAGAGGGGACUCUGCUUUCUUCGCCGUUAACGGCUUCAACGUGCUGGUGAACGGCGGCUCCAACCCCAAAUCGUCCUUCUGGAAGCUGGUGCGGCACCUGGACCGCAUCGACUCCAUCCUGGUGACGCACGCGGGCACCGACAGCCUGCCUGGCAUCAACAGCCUGCUGCAGAGGAAACUGGCCGAGCUGGAGGAGGAACCAGCCUCGCAGGGUUCGCAGGGCAACGGCGACUGGGCCCGCAACCUCAUCUCCCCAGAGCUGGGCGUCGUCUUCCUCAACGCCUCCGAGAAGCUGAAGGCCAUCGAGGGCAACUCACGGGUGCUGAAGAGCUGCGACGAGGCGGCGCUGACGCUGCACUAUUUGGAGAAGUUGGGCAUCCGCCCCAACCCGCUGGCACGGGACGGCAGCCCCCGCGUGGAGCCCACCGUCCUCUUCCAGAAGAUGGGAGUGGGACGGUUGGACAUGUACGUGCUGAACCCGGUGCGGGGCACCAAGGAGCUGGAGUUCCUCCUGCAGCAUUGGUCUGGGGAUGGCUACCCUGAGGAGCAGGAGCUGCCUCUGCAGUGCCUGACCUCGGUGUGCGCCCUGCUGGUCUGGCACCCCGUCAGCCCCGCCGAAAAGAUCAUCCGUGUCCUCUUCCCCGGCUGCACGCCCCAGGCGCGCAUCAUGGAAGGGCUGGAGAAGGUGAAGCACCUGGAGUUCCUCAAGCAGCCCGUGGUCACCAAGAAUGACCUGAAGGGCCUUCAAGCUGACAAGCAGCUGAAGCAGAGGAGGACGGAGAGCAAGGAGAGUUUGGCGUCUGCCUCCAAGCUCAGCCUGGUGGAGGCUGGGGUACCCAAAGAGAAGGCUCUGAAAACGGUGGAGAGGAAGGAAGUGAAGGUGGGGACCAAGGAGAAGCCAAAGGCACUGGGGGAGGUGGCCAGAGCAGGGUCAGAGGAGGAGAAGGUCAAACUUGCCAAGCCGGACUCCUCUGCGGAGAAGCUGAAGGCAGAGGCGAAGCCAAAGGUGAGCAAGGAGAAGGCAAUGCCCAGGAAGGAACCUGUGCCCCGCAAGGAGGAGAAGAAACCACUGAAGAAGGAGGAGAGCACCGAAGGGAAGCUGGAACCAAAGAAGGAGCUGAAGGCUGUGAAGAAGGACGUGAAGGCAGAGACGCUGCGGAAGGACACAAAGGACACCAAGGCUGAGCCCAAGGCUGCUGCAAAGCCCCCAGCACGGAAAACGCCAGUGCCUGACGCCCGCAAACCGCUGGCCAAGGCUGGCAGCAUCAAGAGAGCCACCCUGAAGAAGGAGCCAGAGAAACCCAAGGCCAAAGGCGGCAAGGAGCUGGGCAGCAAGAGGGAGCCGGGGCCAACAGAGGGCUCCAAGCCUUCCUCCCCUGAAGACAUGGUGCUGGAUGCUGAGGGGAGGAGGAGGAAGGAGGAGUCACCGGAUGAAGGCAUCACCACGGCUGAGAGCGAGCUGGAGCCAUCGCCGCUGGAGAACGGAGGCGCCGCGAGGGGGUCGGAGCCGAGCUGUGUGGAGAACGGCACAGAGGAGCCCGAGAGCCCCCAGCGCUUCCGCUACCCCGAGGGCAGCCCCUGGAAGGCUGUCGGCCCCCCGUCACCAUUGGCAAAGACCCCCAGGAGCGAGCGCAGCGUCAAUUUUGACCUGACACCCACCGGGCUGCUGCCCCCCGGCCCCGAGGGUUGCGAGGACCCGUGUGGCAGCUCCGAGGAGAAGACCCUGGAGAUGAUGUCCCCGGGCAGCUCGGGGCCCGCCAGCGCCGGGCACACUCCAUUCCAUCAGUCACCAGUGGAGGACGGCGGUGAGGAUCCUGGUGCCAACUCUCAGCCCAACCCCUGGGCGCCUAACAGAGCCCCGCAGGACGGCAAUGAGAAGCAGGCAGGCUGCCUGUCCCUCAGCCCCUUCAAGGACGACGUCCCCGACGUGUCCCCCACCAUCACCACCCCCUCGCUGCCGGCCGAGGUCGGCUCCCCUCACUCCACCGAGGUGGACGAGUCGCUGUCGGUGUCUUUUGAGCAGGUGCUGCCUCCACCCGACCCGGCCAAGGGGGGGGGGCUGUCGCUGCCACUACGGCCCUGCCACCACCCGCAUCCCCCCCCGGCUCCGCGCCACGGCCGCCGCUCCGAUUCGCCCCACGACGUGGACCUGUGCCUGGUGUCCCCCUGUGAGUUUGAGCACCCCAAAGGGCCGCUCGCCCCGCCGUCAGCCCCCGCGACCUGUCGGACAGCGAUCCCUCGCAGGAGCUGCAGCCCCCAGCCCUGCACCGCGGCCGGCCCCCCCCCGCAGCCUGUGGGUGAGACGCCCCCCACCUCGGUCAGCGAGUCGCUGCCCACCCUCUCCGACUCUGACGCGCCCCCCGCCACCGAGGACUGCCCCUCUCUGCUGGCCGACGGGCUGGAGUCGGAUGAGGACUCGGAGCAGCCUCACUGUGGCCCCCCCAGGGCCCGCGACCCACUGCCGGCCCCUAUGAAGGACCCCUGCCCCCUCCCCGCCCAGCCCGGUAUCUGCAUGGUGGACCCCGAGGCGCUGCCCAAGAAGGAGCCCCUCCUCGGCAAGGCCAAGCGCACCCCAUCCCGUGUGGGCACAGCGCCCGCCGCCCCCAAACCCGACGCCCCUAAAGCCACCAGCCUGGCCCCCAAGGGCAGGGGUCCCACUGGGGACAAGACCCGCCUGCCCCCCGGGGACAAGAAAGGCCCCCCCAGUGGCACAGGGACCAUGCGCAGCGCUGGAGCCAGAACAGCAGCGGGAGCCGGACGGGCAUCCCCAGCAGGCUCACGGGCUGCAGCCCCCCAGGGCCCCCCGGUGUACGUGGACCUGGCGUAUCUGCCCGGCUCGUGGAGCGCCCGCACGGUGGAUGAGGAAUUCUUCCGCCGCGUCCGUUCCCUGUGCUACGUGGUGAGCGGCGACGACCACCUGAAGGAGGGGGUCCUGAGGCCCAUCCUGGAUGCGCUGCUGGCCGGCAAGCACCAGUGGGGCGUCGACACUCAGGUGACGCUGAUCCCCACCUUCGAUUCGCUGGUGAUGCACGAGUGGUACCAGGAGACCCACGAGAGGCAGCAGGAGUUGGGCAUCACGGUGCUGGGCAGCAACAGCACGGUGGCCAUGCAGGAUGAGACCUUCCCUGCCUGCAAGGUGGAGUUCUGAGCAAAGGGGGGAGGGGAGGGGUCACGGUGGGCUUCAUCCCCACCCUCCUCCUCCUCCUCCUCUGCUCACCUCCCUCACCCUUUCCCUCCCUGCAUGGUGACCGUGAGCUGCUGUGUGUUGGAGGGAAAGGAGUGGGGAGAGAUGCUGGAGGGAAGGGGGGUCCUGCCCUCCCCCCACUCCCCCCUCCUAUGCUGGCUGGGGGUCUGGUGGUCCCACAGCACCCACACAAUGCCACACGCUGCCACUCUGCACCUGGGGACAGGGGUCCGGGUGUGGAGCUCGAGCCACGCUCAGUCAAACAGGGUAGAAUGUUUUUUUGUCUUUUGCUGUUCCUAUUUCCCCCCCCCCCCAACGCCCCCCACCCUGAGAAGCCACUACUGCCCCCCCACCCCGGGGGCUGCUGAGGGAGCUGAGCCCCUUCUAAGCACCCCAUAGCUGCCCUAUGGCUGUGGGGCUGAGUCGGCUGCCCCUAUGGCACUACAGCACAGCUUUAUCACCGUCCCCUGUGUCCACGCUGCCACACACUGCAGAGAGGGGUUCGGGGGGGGGGAGUGU